UCUGUAACAUGGUGCAGUAAUUAAGGGAGUUCACGUGGGAUACAAUAAAUGCACUCAAAUAAAAUCCUAAAUUAGCACAGAUAUUUAGUUUUCAAAACGAGCAGAAUUUUAACAAUCAAAUAUGGUACAUGAAUCGGUCGUCGGGUAAAGAGGACCAAACCUGAAUGGAAUCCAGACUUCCGUAAAAGAAAGGAAACGCAAGAUUUUCCGGGUAUCUGACUAAGGGCAGUCCCAGACACAAACGAAUAAAGGCGUUGGUUGCCUGCUUCUGAAUCUGUGGUGAGAAGAUUUCGUUUAAUUUCUCUGUAUUUUCUGUUGGCAAAGCACAAACUUCUGAUAAAAUUUCCCCAAAAUGGCUGAAACGGAAGACACCGCCGCGCCUUCAGGGAGCGACACAACUGACGGAGCGCCGCUCGCUUACAAGGCCCCGGCGCCAAAAUCACUGAAAGAAAUACAAGAGUUGGAUAAAGACGAUGAGAGUCUGGCGAAAUACAAGAAAUCGCUGCUCGGGGAAGGUGUUGAGGCAGAAGCGACUGGGGAGGGUCCCAAAGUCACGCUGCAGGAGUUAGCUCUUAUUGUGGAAGACCAUGAUGAUAUCGUGUUGGAUUUAACAGGUGAUCUUGCAAAGCUAAAGGAAAAGACUUACUUGAUCAAAGAAGGUAUUGUCUACAAAGCAAAGCUAACAUUUGUGGUGGAGAACGAUAUUGUUGCAGGCUUGAAGUAUGUGCAGGUAUCCCACAAAACACUUGCUCCAAGCGACACAUCCACCUACAUGCUGGGAAGCUACGCCCCCAAGAAGGAAGCCCACGUCUUUACGGCGCCCGUGGAGGAGUUUGCCAAGGGCAUGCUUGCCCGGGGACACUACACCGUCCAGAGCAAGUUCCUGGAUGAUGACGGGCGAGAGUUCCUCAGCUGGGAGUGGGCGUUUGACCUCAAGAAAGACUGGGAGUAGUUUGGCAAGAGGGUAGUGAAAUUUGCAAAUCUAGGGAUUGUACUGGUACAUUCUAUGAACAGGGGCUUACAGCAUUGUCUAUUUUGUUUUAUGCAUCACUACUUGUGACUACAGGAUUAUGUGUGUGAGGCAGUCGCAUUCUAGAGGCUAGUAUAAU